AUGGCCAAUCUCAACAAACUCCCCACUGAAACCCUGCUAGAAAUACUAAGCUACAUAGAUUACAACCGCGAUUUGACAGCGCUUUCACAGACUAGUCGUCGGCUUUACAAUCUUACCAGCAAAUCGAUCGACCAGGCCAUCCGAAAUAUCUUCGAUAACAGCCACAUCUACUCCGACGAAAGCGGUGCGUUGCGAAAUGCAACAUUCAAAGGCAAUACGGAUUGUGUACGCAGGCUUUUACGAGCUGGGGUCUCCCCAACCUUCCAGCCUGAGAUAUGUUUUCAAGAUGAACCCAUCCAGGUUGCGGCGAGAAGGGGAUAUGCGGACCUAGUUCGUAUGUUCAUAGAGCUCGGUGUCGAUCCGAACGCGAGAAAAGCCCGGAAUAACUUUACUUACGACAACACUCCUCUUCUGUCCGCAAUAUCGAACGGCCAUGAAGAAGUCGUCCGAGUACUGAUUGAGCACGGAACAGAGUUGGAAUACACCGCGGAACAUAAAAGCUAUGUGCAGCCUCUAUCUGAGGCCACAAGUAGGGGUCACUAUGGAAUAGUGAAACUGCUACUGGAACAUGGUUGCAAUCCCCGAACACCGAACUUUCUAUCGUACCGGGACAGGUCGGCAUUCGAGGUCGCUGGUGGUAUGAACUUGCCUAUUUUACGUUUGUUUGUGGGGUCCGACAUACCACAGGACUACUUUUCUGCUCCCGAAAACCAUUCUCGCGAUAUGGUAAUCGAGGCCCUGGAGAGAGAUGAUAUGCCACUGGUCAAGUUUCUUUUGGACCACGGUGCUGAGUUCAAUACGGCGUAUCGUUUAUCGAAAUAUUGCCCGGACCGCCCUUCUGACAUGUAUUUAGGUAGUGACGUUCUGUACCACGUCGGCCGCUUGUCAGUCACGUCCUCUGAAGAAGCAGGUUACUUGCUUCGAAAGAUAGAUGUUGAUAACAUAAUAACUGAAAGAAAUAUCAGUGCGAUUAUGCGCCUCGCUACUGGUGCGGCACGCGGUGGCAAUAUAUGUCUCCUAAAGCGGUUGCUAGACCUUGAUUGGAUACAAACACACCCAGGUAUUACGCCAGAAAUUUGGAAAGAUAUUGUGAACUCGUGUAUGGCAGAGGGGGUCAUGGGAGGCUAUCUCGAUGUUGUCAGACUGUCACUUGACCGUGGUGCAAAUCCCAACGACUCGGUAUUUUGGAGGCGGGCUGAAGAACGCGGAUCACCUCUCCAUAAUGCAAUUAAAAGAGGACACACGAGAGUUGUGGAGCUACUGCUCGAUAGAGGAGCCAACCCGUUCCCAAAGGGUCACAAGACUGCCUUCGAAAAAGCAACCGCUCCAUAUGCGGGAGAAUUGACGCCGCAGGCACGGUAUGAUACCAUUCAGCUUCUCGUGAACAGAAACCUCGUUGAAGCGGACCAACUUCGGGUGAUAAAGGCCUUCCCUGAGCCCAUCGAAUGGGAACGACACACCAUCAAAAGAGCUGUCUGCUGGGGGGCAAAGGUAUUCCACCUGAUUCGGCAGCAUUUCGAAGUCAAACUUGAUCCGGGAAACGCCAACCAUAAGUUGGCAUUUGAGGAAGCUGUAGAGAAAGGUGACACUACAAUAAUGAAGGAAUUUCUUGAAGCAGGAUUCAAUCCCAACGUUCCCCGAAGGCUUCUGAGCAAGGCAAUGGGCAACUCUUGGGGCCGAGACCCUAGAGAUGAAGUUGUUGACCUCCUGCUGAUGUACGGAGCAGAUAUCAAUUUACGAUAUCCGGAAGCAGAUAUACCCUAUAUCUCCAGUGGCAUAUAUGGCCUCACGUAUUGCUCAGAGAAGGGUGUUAGGUUUCUGUUGCAUAAAGGAGCCGAUCCGUUUGGUGUCGACCGGUCUGGUGAACACCUAUUUGUGAAGGCAGCAACGGAAGGCAAGCUUGACAUAGUGAAAGGCGUGCUGGGGCACUUUUAUGAAGAAGGGAUUCCCUUUGCUCGGGUCAAAUCUAUGGUUGAGAAGGCUGCGAGGGCCGCAGGCAGCGCUGCAGAGGCUGCAAUGGCUGCAGCGUAUGAAGUCUAUCUUGAAGAUAGUUCCUGUGGAUAUGAUGCUGGAGGAUAUAUCUGGCGCUGGUACUGGCGCAAUAUGUACCCUUGUCCGGAGAUCUAA